UGUUGCAAAGUCUUCCUUCCGUGUGAAUUUUUCACGCACCAGCUUUUCUUCCGAUUAUGUAUUUUUGAGUUUCCUCCUCUUCCUUUUCCUUCGAGAUAUGUAUUUGGUUUGAGCGCACAACAUAUAUUUCACAUUCAUAUAUAUGUAUAUAUGCAAAUUAUUAGCGGUAAUUUUUAUCGAGACUUGACAUCGUAAAAAUGUGCAUCAGUGUUGUAUUCCGUUUCAGUUGCACAUCGUUCUGUUCCAUGUGUGAGAAGAGGCAUGAAAUUUUAUGUUCCGACUUUUGAGUUUUACUUGAGAUUUGAGUUAUGUACGUGACUCCGAUAGAUCAGAUGAGGGAAAGCGAAUUUUCCUCAUCGUCGAGUGACACACUCCUCCGUCAUAAUGUUAAGUAAAUUUGUCGGUAAGGUUAUACGCGGUUUCGCACAGUGUGCGUGUGUGACGUAUUGCGUGUACGAAUACAUAGGAGAUAUUGUAGUGUGCAGUGGUCCAUCCAUGGAACCUACGUUGUAUACUAACGAUGUCUUACUUAUGGAACGAAUAUCAAUUAGAUUACAAAGACUCGAGAAAGGUGACAUUGUCAUUUCCAAGUGUCCUACCAAUCCAAAACAAAACAUAUGUAAGAGGAUUGUAGGCUUACCAGGCGACAAAAUAAGGAAUGGUCUCAAUGUGACAUUGAUACCAAAUGGACACGUUUGGCUAGAAGGUGAUAACAGUAAUAAUUCUACGGACUCGCGAAUGUAUGGACCAGUGCCUCAGGGAUUGUUACGCGGACGAGCUUUGUGCAAAAUAUUUCCGUUGAGAGAGAGAACCAUGUUUACAAAAUAUAUAACUUGAAAUAUAGUACGUGUACAUAUA